AUGUCGGAAACAGGAUACUUGAGCGCCUGCCUGGCAUGGAUUAUUUUCAAGGCGGAAAACUUGGAGGUAUUACAGCUGGACAUGUCUCGUUUCCAGGAGGCGGCUAUGUUCUUCGACCUGUUUCAUUCCACCUACUCCACCGGCUUAGCACAUGGACAUCAACCCUUUGCACACUUGCAGCGUCUGGAGAUAACACUUUCCCACCAAAACGCCUUCGUCCCCCUAGUAUCUACCCUGACAGAAGUCGUAGUCACUAGACCUGGUACAGAACCUGUGUUUGGUGUCCCUGGUCUCCAGACAUCCGAUGCUACCAGUCUUCGUUCGAUCCACAUACGUGGGGGCUUCAACGGUGCGAGUCAGAUCACUGAGCUCCUAAGGACCGGCGCUCCACCAAACCUUGAGGAAAUUUGCAUCCGGGAUGACGGUCUGUUCUCUGAUGAUGAGUCCAGCAACUUUUUUGACACUGUUUUCCAAACUGCCCUAAAAAUCAAAACUCUUGUCCUGACUUUCCGCUAUAAGGGAGAUGAUUUCGAUCUUGCAACCAUUAUCCCACCCAACGCACAUCGGCUUGAGACCGUCACCUACUUUGGAAUCCACCAGUGGCUGCUGCCCGACGUCGGCCCGGAUCUGGAUUUACAGCAGCUUAAGCGGUCAGUCCCUCCCAAUGUCAAGGAAUUGGAAAUUCAGGGCUUGAAUGUCGAUGCGAUUAGACAUGUGGUGGACAAUCACAGAGAUAGCGAGUUCAUUCCCAUGAAUAUCCCGGACCAGUUGAAUACCUUGCAUCUCAGCUUUGAUGUUGAUGCCGAGGAGUUUGACUCGCCCACGGAAAAGCUUGCAGAUAUCAUGCCAGCGCUUAGAACACUUUCUCGGCAACUUAGGCAGAGCAGAUGCACCCUUCUGGUUUGUGUACGCAAAAGGAUAUUGUACUUUUCCGAAGAGAAGGUUGUCUUCAAGGCGAAGCCGUGA